AAUAUAAGCACGAGAAUAUAUGAUGGACCCAAUUCUUUCUAAAUUUGGGUAUUUCGAGACCCACGGCGGUCGGCGGCGGAAUUGACAGAUAUAUGGCCGGUAGUUCCGUUGUGUUGACUGAACUCCACUGGAACUCAACCAGCUGGGCUAAGGUAGUCGGUGAAAUAGCAAGUCUAGAGAAGAAAACUUUCCCCGAACACCAAUCAUACCCUCGAUCGUUCGAUGAUGAACUCAAGAACAAAAACAACGGUUUAAUCUACAUGGAAAUUAAUGGUGACCUUGCUGGCUAUGUCAUGUAUUCAUGUACUUCAUUUUCUGCCAUCAUCACUGCAAUCGCAGUGAAGGAGAAUUAUAGAAGACAAGGGCAUGGAGAUGCACUAUUGAAAGCAGUAAUAAAGAAAUGCAGGAGUAAGCUUAUAAACCGUGUAUCGCUUCAUGUGGAUCCUUUGAGAACUCCAGCAAUGAAUCUAUACAAGAAACUCGGUUUUGAAAUCGAGACUCUUUUGAAGGGUUACUAUUCUUUAGAUCGAGAUGCAUAUAUGAUGUGCUUAGACUUCGAUGAAGAGUAGUGGCGUAAUUCCAUUUGUUUGUGUAUUAUAGCAUUAUACACUCAUUUCUCUCUAGUAUUAUUCUUGCACGAUUAUGGUUCAAACUUCGAAGGCCUUGUUUAGUUUCAUCAGUUUUGUAGCUAUUGAUUCCUUAAUCCUUAUGUUUUGUUGAUAGUGUCAAGUAAAACAUUUCGUGGAAUAUGAUUUUCAAGAUUUUUUGGUUUAA